UUGUGGAAACCCACCAAUCCAUUCCUUAGGAUGGGAAAAAUGGGAUCUUCAUGGGCUCCUCUCCUUUUUGGUGCCUUUCUUGCUAUCCUUUCACUAAACUUGCCAUCUACCACGAGUGCUAAUUAUGUCUAUGCCUCGCCUCCCCCGCCCCCGAAGAAGGUAUACUACCCGCCUCCUGUAUACCAUUCUCCACCACCUCCCAAGAAGUCUUACUAUCCACCUCCGGUUUAUCACUCUCCGCCACCACCUAAGGUGUACUACCCACCUCCUUUUUAUCACUCUCCUCCACCUCCUAAGAAGGUGUAUUACCCACCUCCGGUGAAAUCGCCGCCACCACCGAAGGUGUACUACCCACCUCCUGUUUACCAUUCUCCACCUCCACCUAAGGUGUAUUAUCCACCUCCUGUCUACCACUCUCCGCCACCUCCUAAGAAGGUGUAUUACCCACCUCCUGUUUACCACUCUCCACCACCGCCUAAGAAGGUGUACUAUCCACCUCCUGUUUACCACUCUCCUCCACCACCUAAGAAGGUGUAUUACCCACCUCCAGUCUACCAUUCUCCACCACCACCUAAGAAGGUAUACUACCCACCUCCCGUGUAUCAUUCUCCUCCACCACCGAAGAAGGUAUACUACCCACCUCCCGUUUAUCAUUCUCCCCCACCACCAAAGAAGGUAUACUACCCACCACCAGUCUACUCUCCUCCACCACCUAAGAAGGUAUACUACCCACCACCAGUCUACUCUCCUCCACCACCUAAGAAGGUAUACUACCCACCACCCGUCUACUCUCCUCCACCACCAAAGAAGGUUUACUACCCACCUCCCGUGUACCAUUCUCCACCACCACCGAAGAAGGUAUACUACCCACCUCCAGUGUACCAUUCUCCACCACCACCAAAGAAGGUAUACUACCCACCACCCGUCUACUCACCACCACCACCUAAGAAGGUAUACUACCCACCUCCCGUCUACUCUCCACCACCACCGAAGAAGGUAUACUACCCACCACCCGUCUACUCACCACCACCACCUAAGAAGGUAUACUACCCACCACCAGUAUACCACUCUCCACCGCCACCAGUGUACCACUCUCCACCACCACCCGUCUAUUACUACUCAUCACCACCACCUCCACACUACUAGGAAUUAAACGCUCUUUAUACCAAGGAAGACGAGAUGAGAAUAUAUUAUUAAGAUGUGGAAGUCAAAAUAAGAGUGUUCGUUGAAAUAUUUGAAGAACAGUGUGAAUUUUAGUUUGGUGUUUCUAUUUUAUCGCAAAUAUCAUAAUUAAUGGAGUUUUUUUUUUAAUUAAUGUAUUUCCUUCUAAGACAUAUUCCCAUGUUGUCUUUGUCUCUACCUUAUUUUUCUCAAACCACACCUUAUUAUGCUUUCUUUUAUGUUUACAUAUCUCAAUAAAUGCAUUCCAACUUUUCUCA